GAUGCCUCUAUCCAAUAGUGAGAGUGUGAGAGUGAUGUGACUGUGCGAAUAUAUAGAAGUGACCAGAAUGAUUUACAGCUGUGAUUGACUGAAAAUGGAGUGUUUGAGAGCGUUCUUUGGGGGGUUUCUUCUCCUAUGGCUAUGGGGUUUGACUGCCAGUGCCGAUACUUUACCACCAUGUGAAUUCCCUGCAAUUUAUAACUUCGGUGACUCUAAUUCAGAUACUGGAGGCAUAUCAGCUGCGUUUGAGCCGAUUCGAGCUCCUUAUGGAGAAGGGUUCUUCCAUAAACCAGCUGGGAGAGAUUCUGACGGCCGUCUCAUCAUAGACUUUAUAGCUGAGCGUCUGAAAUUGCCAUACUUGAGUGCAUAUUUGAAUUCACUCGGACCAGAUUUUCGACAUGGUGCCAACUUUGCCACCGGAGGAUCAACCAUUAGACGGCAGAAUGAGACCAUUUUUCAGUAUGGAAUUAGCCCUUUUUCUCUUGAUAUGCAGAUUGUGCAAUUUACCCAAUUCAAAGCACGCACUAAAGAUCUUUACGAUGAAGCCAAGUCAGAAACAGAUAGAAAUAAACUUCCAAGAUCUGGGGAUUUUGCAAAGGCUCUUUACACAUUUGAUAUAGGACAGAAUGACCUUUCUGUCGGCUUUCGAACGAUGAAUUCCGAUCAACUUCUAGCAGCAAUGCCAGACAUCAUUUCUCAGUUAGCUUCAGCUGUAACUAAUAUCUAUCAACAAGGAGGGAGGACAUUUUGGAUUCACAACACAGGGCCUAUUGGUUGCUUGCCUGUGAAUCUGUUCUACAUCAAAAACCCACCAGCGGGCUAUCUUGAUCAGUAUGGCUGCGUCAAGACUCAGAAUGACAUGGCUAUAGAGUUCAACAAACAACUUAAAGAAAGAGUGGUCAAGCUAAGAUCAGAGCUCCCUGAAGCUGCAAUAAUAUAUGUGGAUGUUUAUGCGGCAAAGUAUGACUUGAUCAGCAAGGUCAAAGAUUUAGGAUAUGCUGAUGCAUUGAAGGUCUGCUGUGGGUACCAUGAGAACUAUGACCAUGUGUGGUGUGGAAACAGGGCAAACAUCAACAACACUGAAGUGUAUGGAGCCUCCUGUAAAGACCCUUCAAAGUAUGUCAGCUGGGAUGGUGUACACUAUACUCAGGCUGCAAAUCAAUGGGUUGCUAAUCAUACUCACUAUGGCGGGUUGACAGAUCCACCAGUUCCGCUUGUGCAAGCAUGUCACCGGCAGUGAGAGUCUGCCAUCAUAGUUAUACUUGUUAUUCAGGGAAACUGAAUUCAAGAGUUAGUUGUACAAGAGAUCGCCGAACUGGUUCAUCUCUGGAAAGAUGUGAAAGUUCAGUUUGUAAGCAAAAUCAAUUUUAAGGUUGAUAAAUUGUAUUGUAUGACCUUGACAGUUUCAGUAUCUUGGAAUAAACCUGAAAACCUUAUCCCCUUUA